AUGUCGAGAUCAGCACUAUGGCGCCAAGAGGGUAACGUGAAGGGUAGACAGCGGGAAGCGGAAGAAUUAUUUCAACUUGCUGUCGAAGAGGGUAGGAAUACUCGACAGAAGAAUCUUUUGCAACUAUGGGGUCCUGAUGAUUCUUUUCACUUUAAUCCUAUGCUUUUGCAGAAUAUAAUCCAGUCAAACUAUUUCCAGAAAUGUUGUCGUGAUAUCACCGACUGGAACAUGCUCGUGGAUGAGAUCUAUUAUCAAGUGAAACACUUGCAACCUUGGGCAGCAGGUUCGAACAAAGAACCAUCGACUGCCUUUUGUUUGCUACUUCGAUUGCUCACUCUGCGGUGUACUGAAAAGCAAAUGCAGCUUAUGCUGGAUCAUGCAGAUAGUCCCUACAUUAGAGCCAUUGGUUUUCUCUAUCUAAGGUACGCUGGAGACCCAAAGUCGGUUUGGAAUUGGAUCGAGCCUUACCUGUAUGAUGAAGAGCCAGUCCAAGUCGAAGCAAGUGCCUCGAAACGAAAAGAAACCAUUGGCGACUUUGUUCGAAUGCUCUACGGAAGUCGAAACAAUUAUCAUGGGACGAUGCUACCCCGGUUGCCGAUUCAAAUUGAACGAGAAAUCAAGGUCAAGUUGUUACAAGCGGAAAAGAUUGAGCAAAGGGCACAGAAACAUCUAGCAGAUCGAACGACGAUGGACUAUUUCAAGAAAUUAGGCUCAAAGUGCCAGGCACUUUAUGGUGACGAGGAAAAUCCCGUUACUUGGUAUGAAGCUGUUGUCGACAGGGUGAUUACGACAAACGAAAAGACCAUGGAACCGUUGCGAGCCCCCAAAUUUGUUGUGCACUUCCCUGAAUACGGCAACACGGAAACAGUCGAGCUUGGAGAAAUGGAAAUGCCUGGUCUCAAUACUGACGACGCUCCUGUUAGAGGUGGCUUUUCAGAAAGAGAAAGCGACCGGAAUUAUUCGCGCGGCAGAGACAACCGAGGAUACCACUCGUCGGACAGUGGGAAGGGAUACAAUGACAGAGAUCGAGACGGCAGGGGCUACCGUGCACAAACUCCCAACGACCGAGGAUAUGGUGGUGGCAGGGGCUAUCGAGGCGGUCGGGAUAAUGCUUCAAGAAAAGGUGACGGCCGAUGGGAGCGGGACAGUGGGCGAGAUCGCGGCGGUGGAAGGACGCGACCUGGUGGUGCUGGAAUGCCGAGUGAGGGCGAUUUGUACGAAGAAGUCCGCCGUCGGGAGCGCGAUACUGUGGCAGCCAGCUCGAGAAGCCAGUAUUCAAGAAGAUCCCAAAGUACAAAAGAAAGCAUUUCGAAACAUCACUAUCGGGAGUCAGAAAGGGGGCAUGCCGGUCGAGCUCAUGGAGCGCCGCAAAGGGAUGCGCAACGACGGAGUGUCAACGAAAGCGAAGCUCCUGCUCCAAAGAGAAAAAGCCCAGAAGAGAUUGCAGCUAUUCAAGCAAAGAAGAGAAAGCUGAUGGCCAAAUAUGGAUGA